AUGGCCUAUGCUGACUACCCAGGGUACUACUCUCACAUCUGCGGUGGAACCCUUAUCAGCACCCAAUGGGUCAUGACUGCAGCCCAUUGCCUCAGCAUGCCACCAGGAGUAACCUACCAAGUGGCUCUGGGUGAGCAUGAUCUCUUGGAGGUGGAUGGCACCGAGUACUAUAUAGAUGUGGAUAGAGUCUUCAUUCAUAAUGACUGGAAUCUCAAUGACAUUACCCAAGGUUAUGACAUUGCCCUGCUGCACCUCGAUUCUCCUGCCUUUGACAAUGGGUUUGUUGAACUGGGAGUGCUUCCACCUGAAGGAGAAAUUUUGCCCAAUAACUAUCCCCGCUAUAUUACCGGAUGGGGGCUAGUUAGUGCAGGUGGCAGCAUCACAGAAAGACUGCAGGAGGUGAUGCUGCCAGUGGUCAACCAUGAGAUCUGCUCCCAGGUCAACUGGUGGGGAUCUCAAGCAAAAGUCACUAUGAUCUGUGCAGGUGGAGACGGCGUGUGGUCCGGAUGCAGUGGGGACUCUGGGGACCCUCUCAGCUGCUACAAAGACAUUCACUGGCAAGUCCACGGGAUUGUCAGUUUUGGGCUAGUUCCUUACUGUAACACCUACAAGAAGCCAACAGUCUUCACACAUGUGUCAGCCUACGUGGACUGGAUCUACAGU